CAGUGGCUGCUCCACAGAGAUGUCCUGGCUGGUGCUGUCACCUGCUUCUGCUGCUGCCUGUGUCACCCUCCUGCUCGGCUGUGCCUGGUUUGGCUCUGCCACCCAGCCCUCCUCAGCGCUGGUCAGAGGGCGAUCGCUGCUCCGCCUCACUCCCCAGGAGAAGAACGUGUGCUCCCAGGCCUCCGAGGAAGAUUUUCUCAACAGUACCCUCAGCACCCGCCUCCUGCCUGCCCUCUACUCCAUGGUGCUGCUGGUAGGGCUGCCAGCCAACGCUCUGGCCUGCUGGGUCCUGGCCACCAACUUCAGGAGAUGCUCCAGCACAAUCUUCCUGCUCAACCUGGCUGGGGCUGACCUGCUCUUUGUCCUCCUGCUGCCCUUCAAGAUCUCCUACCACCUCCUGGGCAACCACUGGCUCUUUGGGGACUACCUGUGCCGCACCAUGGUGGCCUUCUUCUACGGAAACAUGUACAGCUCCAUCCUCUUUCUCACCUGCAUUGGCCUGGAUCGCUACAUCUCCGUGGCGCACCCGUUCCUGUGGAAGGGCUCCAGCUGGAUGAGGGCCAAGGUGGGCAUCUGUGUGGGCAUCUGGCUGGUGGUGGGGCUGGGCAUGAGCCCCCUGCUCUUGCGCUCCCACACACACAACAUCUCCAGCCUGAACAUCACGACGUGCCAUGAUGUGCUAGAAAAGGAAACCCAAAGGUUCUUUGGCUACUAUUUCCUGUCCUUGGUGGGGCUGGGCUUUGGCCUGCCCUUCGUGCUCAUGACCGUCUCCUACAGCUGCAUCCUGGCACGGCUGCUGGCCAAGGGAGGGAACCACCAGCAGGUGGUGCGUGUCCUGGCCCUGGUCCUCAUGGUCUUCAUCCUCUGCUUCACGCCCAGCAACGUGAUGCUCUUCAUCCACUACCUGCUGGAGCCCACGGGGUGCAACAACAGCACCUACAUCUCCUACGCCCUGGUCCUGGUGCUCAGCGCCUGCAACAACUGCUUUGAUCCCUUCAUCUACUUCUACGUCUCCCAGGAUUUUCGGGGCUGGGUCCGGGAUGCAGGAGGCCGUUGCCUGCAGGGGCUCGAGGCCUCGUUGGGGAGGUCCACAGAGAAGAUGGCCCUGCCCCUGAGGUCCAGCGGGCAGAGCUAG